AUGGGAACUCCCAACGAUUUCAGCUUCGACCCCGCGAGCUUUUCAGGGCAGGCUCGGCUCUUUCCGGUGCCAAACCUGGUCAUGUUCCCGCACGUUUUGCAGCCACUGCACAUCUUCGAAUCUCGCUAUCGCGAGAUGACUCAAGAUGCACUGAACGGCGAUCGGCUGAUUGCCAUGGCCGUACUGCAACCUGGCUGGGAAGCUGAAUACGAAAGUCGCCCGGCCCUCUACCCGGUGGCGUGCCUUGGUCAGAUAGUGCAAAGCCAACAGCUUGAAGACGGUCGCUACCACUUGUUGCUGCAAGGCCUGGGCCGUGUUGCACUGGGGGAAGAGCUGAACCCUCCGCGGGCGUUUCGUGUGGCGAAGGCCGAAUUGCGAGGCGACUAUUGUCUGCCCGAGGGAGCCACCCACCGCCGCGAGUUGAAGCGGGAACUGUUAGAUUCGGUUCGGCACUCGGUACCAGAGGUGGUGAAACAACACGUGCAGGUCGAAGAAAUGCUCGGGGCCGAAACCGCGCUUGGCGUUCUAGCCGAUCUACUGGCUUACAGCUUGCCGAUCCCCCUGUCUUUGAAAACGCGCAUUCUGUGCGAGUUCAACAUCGACCGCCGGAUUGAGUUGUACGCUCUUGGCGUCCUCGCUCUGACGGGGACGCAACUAAACGAUCAGGUUCAUAGAUAUAUGACUUCGCGAAACGACUCCGCACUUAGCAACGGCGGUGGCUGCGCCGACGACGAUCUUGAAACGGCUGGCGACAAGCCUCUGGGCAGUGGGGUUGACCAUGCCCGUAUCGAAAGGGCCGUGCGAGAGAUUCUGGCUGCCGUGGGGGAAGACCCCGACCGGGAAGGCUUGCUUGAAACGCCCGCCCGGGUCGCCCGCAUGUAUGCCGAGUUGUUCAGCGGGCUACAUGAAGAUCCUCGGAUUCACCUACAGAAGUUCUUCACCGAGAAGUACGACGAGGUGGUGCUGGUUCGCGACAUAAGCUUCAACAGUAUGUGCGAGCACCACAUGUUGCCAUUCAUGGGCAAGGCCCACAUCGGUUAUGUACCCGAUGGGAAGGUGAUCGGCCUGAGCAAGCUGGCCCGAGUGGUCGAUGUGGUGGCCCGACGACCUCAAGUGCAGGAGCGAAUGACUGAAACUGUGGCCGACUUGCUGGUCGAAGAAUUGCAGGUGAAGGGAGUGGCCGUCGUGAUCGAGGCCACCCAUAGCUGCAUGACGAUCCGAGGAAUUCGCAAGCCCGGCAGCUUGUGCGUUACUUCGGCCAUGCGGGGGCUGUUCCGGUCGAAUUUGUCCAGUCGCUCGGAAGUGAUGACCUUGAUCUAUGGCGGGAAUCGUUGA